GUUGCAUCUUUCUGUAACUAAGCAACAAUGUCGACAUUUUUUAUUCAACAAUAAUGAGUGCACAUAGUAUUAUAAGAUUUAUCUCAUAUAUGUGUGUAUUAUUCGUUGUCUCGAAAUUGCAUUUUUAUCAUCAAAGAUUUAAAUUUGUAGAAAACCUCCUUUUAUAGCGACGAACGAAUGAAUUUUUCAAAAGAAAAUAUUUCAUGGAUUCUUCAUUUCGAUUCGACGCAGAAUCUUAUCGAGAUCUUAUCUAUCGUACAUUUAAUGUUCCUGAUAAGGACAAACAAUGUGACUGUAUCCAAGUCCUGGAUCCAUAACUGGAUCAUACCGUAGCCUGUAGAUCUCGUAAUGCGCAUGCGUCUACUGUCGAAGUCACAGAUUGGAAGGUUCAUAUCAAUCAGAGUUUCGAAAGGUGUUUAAGCAUGUCUUUAUCGUUUUUCUAUUUUCAUUCUUAUCUCUUAUAGAACUAUCGCGUUCGUUUAAUUUAAUUAUAAUAGAAAAUGCCACUUGAAUCUGUAAAAGAUCAACCAAAUUAUAUGAACAAUGUAAAGGAUGGAGUCAUUGACUUUCUCGCUGGUUCACUUGGUGGAGUAGCAUUAGUAUACAUUGGUCAACCACUGGAUACAGUGAAAGUAAAAAUGCAAACAUUUCCAUCGAUUUACAAAGGAAUGAUUAAUUGUUUUGUAAAAACAGUUAAAACAGAUGGAAUAGUAAGAGGUUUAUAUGCAGGAACUAUGCCUGCUGUUGUAGCUAAUGUAGCUGAAAAUUCAGUAUUAUUCACUGCUUAUGGUGGAUGUCAAAAAGUUGUUUCUAAAAUAUUAGGCGUAGACAAAGUUGAGGAUCUUAGUUCACUGGGCAAUGCGUGUGCUGGAUUUUUCGCUGCAUUUUUUUCUUCAUUAACGUUAUGCCCAACAGAACUCAUUAAGUGUAAAUUACAAGCAAUGCGCGAAAUGCAAUAUCAAACGAAUAUGCCAACCACAAUUAUGAAACGAAUAGGACCAUGGGAGUUGACAAGAAAUAUUCUUAGAGAACAAGGUAUAAGAGGUCUAUUUACGGGUCUAACCUCGACCAUAGCCAGAGAAAUGCCAGGUUAUUUCUUUUUUUUUGGUGGUUAUGAAGUUACAAGAGAACUUUUAGCAAAAUCGAAUCAAAAGAGAGAUGACAUUGGUUGGCAAAAAACGAUGAUAGCGGGUGCUGUGGGUGGUACGGUUCUCUGGCUUGUCAUUUUUCCAGCAGAUGUAGUUAAAAGUAGAAUACAAGUACAAAAUCUAAAAACACCUGCUUUAGUGGUUACAAAAGAUAUUAUAAAAAAGGAAGGAAUUGGGGCAUUGUAUAAUGGUUUAACGCCAACUUUAAUAAGAACAGUACCAGCAACUGCAACAUUAUUUAUAACUUAUGAAUAUAGUAAAAAGCUAAUGCACAGAUUUGUUGAUAACUAACUUUUUUUAAUACAAUUCCUAAUUGUUGAUGUAUCUAUGUGUUACUAAGUUAAGAUAUAAAGAAGAACAAAUUAAUAAUAAUAAUAAUAUACAAAAUGUACUACUUAACUUGACUACCUCAAAUAUUUUUAAUGAAUUAAACGAAAUGUCUUGGGUAGAAAUCGUUUCAAUUAAAAUAAUAUAUUUUAUGAAUGGUGGCAAUCUUUUUUCAUUGCAAUGUCUUUUUUAGUCAAAUUUGCCUCUUAUUAUAUGGAAACAUUUAAGCAAAAUUAGUGACAAUCGUCUAGUACUAUUUACAUAGUACUAGAUUUCCAAAGUUUUAUGAUUUACAGAAAAUCUACGAUGUAGAGUAAUAACAAAAUAAAUAAGUACGAGUGUUACAA